UGAUUAGCUGUGUCCAAUCACAGCUAAUCGCAUGGCACUGAUCAUCAGUGCCACCUGUCAGUGCCCAUAAUUGCCACUUGUCAGUGUCCAUCAAUGUCACAUACCAGUGCCCUUUAGUGCACAUCAAUGCCACAUAUCAGUGCAUAUCAAUGCCACAUAUCAGUGCCCAUCAGAGCUGCCUUUCAGUGCCAACUAUCAGUGCCAGUCAGUGUUACCUAUCAGUGCCGCCAAUCAGUGCCACCUUUCAGUGCCAGUCAGUGCUGCAUAUCAGUGCCAGUCAGUGCCACCUAUCAGUUUUCGUCAGUGCUGCCUAUCAGUGCCCAUCAGUGUCGCCUAACAGUUCCAAUCAGUGUUGACUAUCAGUGCCAGUCAGUGUCGCCUAUAAGUGCUGCCUAUCAGUGCCAUAUAUGAGUGCUGCCUCUCAGUACCCAUCAGUG